AUCGAGAUUCAUUCUUGAAACAUAUGGACAAUUUGGUAGUUUUCUUUCUCUCUUUUCUGCUCUUUUCACCUGUAUAUGGAAACCAUGAUUGCCCCCUGGAUUCUAUUUGUGGAAAUAAUCGUUUUGACAUACGAUUUCCUUUUGGAUUAGAAGAUCCGCAAAAUCUUCAGCACUGUACAUAUAAUCCUGGUUUCAAUAUUUUAUGCAACAAUCAAGGCAGAGCAAUUUUAAGUCUUCCUGGUGCAGGGGAUUUCUACGUACGCAAUAUCAACUACCUCACACAAGAAAUUCAACUCUACGAUCAAUUUAAUUGCCUUCCAAAACGGCUUACUAAUUUUCAACUUCCUUCUUCUUUUGUCUUCAAGGCUGUUUCUUAUCGGAACUACACUUUCUUGACUUGUUCGACAGAUUUGGUCAUGUCUCGUUUCAGUGUUAUUGGUUGUAUGAGUAAUUCCACUAUCUCCACUUUGGCUACUUCUUCAACUAGCCUUGCAAACCAAAUGAAAAGUUUGUAUAAUUGUAGUGUAAAUAACACUUUGUCUCUUCCUGUCUCGUGGACUCCUUUAUAUGAGGCAGUUUUUUCAAGUGACCUUGAUAAUGAUCUUGUUUUAACAUGGGAUGAACCGAAUUGCCAAGAAUGCGAAGUAGACGGAGAACUUUGUGGGUUUAAGAAUGCAACUACUGGAGAAAUUCAAUGCUUUGAUGUUCCUGGAACAGGCAGUACAAAAGGUAUACAAAUUUUCCGAAUUGUUGCACUAGCCUUAGUGAUGCCAGCCAUCACAUGUUCAAUGGUUCUGACUUGUUACAUCUGCUAUGUGCAAAGUCGAGACAGCCGCCGAGCGGCAGCUGCUCUCCAGAACACUACUGCCGGUGGAGCAGCCGUAGUACCACAACCGGAAACGGCUAUCGGCCUCAACGAUUCGACGAUCGAAUCGUACACAAAAGUUGUCCUAGGAGAAAGUCGGAGAAUUCCAGGGCCAAAUCAUGGAAUUUGUCCAAUAUGUUUGGCAGAGUACAAUCCAAAAGAGACAGUGAGAUGCAUACCUGAAUGUGAACAUUGCUUCCAUGCUGAAUGCAUUGAUGAAUGGUUAAAGAUCAAUGGUACUUGUCCUGUUUGUAGAAAUAAUCCUUCCCCUGUUCAUCUUAAUUUUUCAUAACACAUUUUUUCCCCACAUCUGAUAGAGUUUUGUCUGUAUAUGAUAUGUAUUGAAA